AUGUCGGAAGCCUACGAACGCGAAAGACAAAACAACGCCUCCCUCUCGGCCCUCAGCGCCAAAGUCUCCGCGCUCCGCAGCGUUACCGUCGACAUCUACGACAAUGCCCGCGACCAACAUGUCAUCGACUCUAAUCUCGAAACCUUCUCCUCGAUGACCAGCAGCCUACAGGGUUCUGCGCGGCGGCUAGGCGUUAUGGCCCGCCAGGGUGAUCGCGUAGCUAUUCUGAAGGUCGCGGGAAUCUUGACUGGUGUUGGAUUGGCUUUCUGGAUUGUGGGUGGGUUUCUGCUGCGGCUGUUGUUUGGAUCGUCACCUUCGGGAUGA